AUGUCAAUGAAUGAAAAAGAUCGAGAACAAGAAAUCUUCAAUCGAAUGGAGCAGCAAGAAAUGAGGAGGACUAGGAAGCAAAUUGAAGAAAAGUUGGCUGCAGCGAAAAACGCAUCAUCUACAGUCGGAGAUAAGAAGGAGAAAAAAGAGAAGCGCAAGCGUGAUGAAAAGAAACGGAUAAACGAUGCUGAUAGUGAUGACGGAAAGCCUCAACCGUCGCGAUCGAAAGAGCAAUCAGGAUCAAAAUCGAAAGCCGCCGUUGUGUCUGAAUCAGAAUCUGAAGCAGACAUGAAGUUUCAUCGUCCGUCUGAAAUCCAUAAAAAGGCCACCCAGAAAAACGCUAUGGCAGAUUUGCUUGCUAAACGGAAAGAUAAGGAAAAUAAAGCUGCGAAAAAGGCAGCGCUAUCCAUCGACGCUGUGUUCGGAAAGGAUGAUAGUGAUGGUUCUUCAUCUUCGUCGUCAUCAUCUUCGUCGACGGCGUCAUCUCGGUCAUCUUCUCGUGAAUCAUCACCGAGAAGAGAAGCCGAAAGCGAGGAUGAAGAAGAGAAGAAGGCGGCAAGAAGAGAGGUGGAGACCGUGCAGGAACUAUCAAGAGCUCGUAUGUCGCGCUACAAAAUGGCUAAAAUUGUAUACGCUCCUUUCUUCGCCAAAACUCUCUCACAAGUUGUGGACGUGGUCGAAACGAACAAGGUGUAUGUUUUCGAGAAUCUCAAAACGAACAAAGGUCUAAAGUUGAAAUACGGUACUGAUGAGCGGGUAUUCCGCAUUGAGUUUGUUUCCAAUGCUCAGUUUGGCGAGGAGGAGUUCUCUGAAUGGAGGGCGGUUACAAAAGAGGAGUGUGGGUCCUUGCCAACUAUGGAUCACAUAGAGAAAAAGGAACUGGACAUUAGGAAGGCGAUGAAUUUCAACUAUACCGAUGAAGUUAUUGAAUAUAUUGUGAAAGAGAAGAAAAAGUUUUCCGACAAAGUAAAGAACUUUGCGUUUACAAAGGGAGAACUCAUGAAAAAGAAGGUGAGUUGUUUUCUAAUUGUUGGCCAAUUUUAUUUCGUUUAUACUUUGCUGAAAGCAUCGUCAUUUCGUAUCACCUCAUCAUCAUGUUUUCACAUUCAUUUCGUCGGCUGUAAAACUCACUAG